CGACAUACUUUAUAAAAGGAAUGUUGACCAGUUUGAAUAAAAAAAAACAGCCUUGCGUGAGGGUAUUCGAUUUAAAGUUGUGAUUGUUAAUCAUUUGAACUUGUGUAUUAGGUAUUAUGUACAUUCUACCAAACGUCAAGUUGAAUGCUACCCCAAACAUUCCAACAGUGGACUCUUCCGCUAUUAGGCCUUUGCAGUAGGGAGUUGUUUGGCGAAUCUGGCAAGUUUUUUCUAAACUUCUCAUGUAUUUUUUGGUUGUUCAGAGCGACGAGAAUCUUCGUUUUUGUCAUCCCCAGUGUCGUUAUUAUCUCGACUUGUCGACGGACUUUAGCAACAAAGUGUUGCUGAGCGUAACACAACUACUCAGCUGAAGGAAAGGAGGAAGGUAUCAGUGAGUUGGACCGACUGCGGCUGAGCUUAUGAUGCCGACGUUGCGGGACAGUACUAUGUCCCACCCCGGCGAAAAUUCCCACCAAGUCCGGGUGAAAGCCUAUUACAAGGGGGACAUCAUGAUUACCCAUUUCGAACCAUCCAUCUCAUAUGAGGGUCUGUAUGGAGAAGUGAGAGAUAUGUGCUCCAUGGAAAACGACCAACUCUUCACCAUGAAGUGGAUCGAUGAGGAAGGUGACCCCUGCACAGUGUCGUCUCAACUGGAGCUGGAGGAAGCGCUUCGCCUCUAUGAACUCAACAAAGACUCGGAGCUCAUUAUCCACGUGUUUCCAUGUAUACCAGAAAAACCUGGAAUGCCCUGUCCAGGAGAAGACAAAUCGAUAUAUCGGCGGGGAGCUCGGCGCUGGAGGAAACUUUAUUAUGCCAGUGGUCAUGCCUUUCAGGCCAAACGCUUUAACAGGCGAGCACACUGUGCCAUCUGUACGGACAGAAUCUGGGGUUUGGGUAGACAAGGUUACAAAUGCAUCAACUGUAAACUGCUGGUGCACAAGAAAUGCCAUAAACUGGUGACAGUGGAAUGCGGCAGGCCGUUAAUUCAGGAACCAAUGAUGCCAGGAACCCCGUCGAGUCAGCUAGAUCAAAGUGAACAACCAGGCCCCCAGAAUAAAGACUCCAGAGAAAGCUUGAGUUACGACGGAGAGGAGAAAGAGGCACGGAGCAGUAGAGACACGGGCAAAUCGCCUUCAAGUCUUGGCCUGUCAGACUUCGAUCUGCUGAGAGUGAUCGGCAGAGGCAGCUACGCCAAAGUGCUGCUGGUGCAGCUAAAGAAAACGGAGCGCAUCUACGCCAUGAAGGUGGUCAAGAAGGAGCUGGUCAAUGAUGACGAGGACAUCGACUGGGUCCAAACAGAGAAGCACGUGUUUGAACAGGCCUCUAAUCAUCCCUUCUUGGUGGGCCUUCACUCCUGUUUCCAGACAGAAAGCAGACUCUUUUUCGUUAUUGAAUAUGUGAAUGGUGGAGAUCUCAUGUUCCACAUGCAGAGACAAAGGAAGCUCCCAGAAGAACAUGCCAGAUUCUACUCAGCAGAGAUUAGCCUUGCCCUCAACUACCUCCAUGAGCGGGGUAUCAUCUACAGAGAUCUAAAGCUGGACAAUGUGCUGCUGGACUCAGAAGGUCACAUCAAACUCACAGACUAUGGCAUGUGCAAGGAGGGCCUGAGACCAGGUGACACAACAAGCACUUUCUGUGGUACCCCAAAUUACAUCGCCCCGGAAAUACUCAGAGGAGAGGAUUACGGCUUCAGUGUGGACUGGUGGGCGUUGGGGGUGCUAAUGUUCGAGAUGAUGGCUGGCCGGUCGCCCUUUGACAUUGUGGGGAGUUCUGACAACCCGGACCAGAACACAGAAGACUACCUUUUCCAGGUUAUAUUAGAAAAACAGAUCAGAAUUCCCCGCUCGUUGUCAGUCAAAGCCGCCAGUGUUCUCAAAGGAUUUCUCAACAAGGAUCCCAAAGAGCGUCUCGGCUGUCACCCUCAGACAGGCUUCGCUGACAUCAUGGGUCAUCCAUUUUUCAGAAAUGUGGAUUGGGAUCUUCUGGAGCAGAAGCAGGUGGUGCCUCCAUUUAAACCCAACAUCUCAGGGGAGUUUGGACUGGACAACUUUGACGCCCAGUUCACCAACGAGCCUAUCCAGCUCACACCAGACGAUGACGACGUGGUGAGGAAGAUUGACCAGUCUGAGUUUGAAGGGUUUGAGUACAUCAACCCACUCCUCAUGUCAGCAGAGGAGUGUGUCUGAGGGACAGGAGUGUUGUCUGUGCUGAGACACAUCCCCCCCCACACAAACACACACACACACAUCCACCCACACCACUUAUCUGAUGUGGUGUUCCCACGUCAUCGCACCACAUGGCAACGAGACAAACACAUUUGCUGCACAUGCACAGUAGAACGCUUAUUUGCCAAAACCAGUCUCACACUCUGCCAUCUCUAACCACUUGCCCUUAAGUCAACAUUAUUUCUUAAUUAUUUUUCUACCAUGUAAAUCUGCACUGAUGUUAUUAUCUCAUGGGGGGGCGGGGGCGGCCAGGCUGCAGAGAUCUUCCAAGGUUGCUGUAAUGUGGGGACAGACAGAUGAAGCCAACAUCCUCCUUCUUCCAGCUGGUGGGACGUCUUCACUGCACAAUUUCUGUGCAUGUAUAUAAAAACCUACUCUGUUACUUCUGCAAAAAACAUAACCGUUAGAAAAGGCUUCUUUUUUAGCUUUAAACCACAGUUUAUGAGACAAAAGUGAGGAGUUUGUUGUCAUAAAAUUAUAUCAGAUUUAGUUUUGUCCCAAUACAGUUUCUGUAGAGAUCAAAAAAAUCAUAUUGUUAGCAUUUUAAAAAAUUAAAGCUAUAUAUUUUUCAUGUUUUAUUUAAAGAUAUAGCAGCCAGUGUAUAUGUUGUUCUGAGUGUUAACAGAACCAAAAGGGUUUAGGCUUAUUUUUGUUUAUUUUAGAUGAAUGAUUAUUAUCUGGAAAUUAGAGGGAGCCUCUUAAUCCAGUAUGAAGGAACUUCAGCAGCGGUGUAAGAACAAAGACUAAUGUUGAGUUAAUGUUCUCCAAACUGUGAAAAAAGGAGGUCACUGUGCCAGAAACUGGGCUGGAAGUGAAACAAAUUCACACUACAAUGACGCUGGAGCACAGAUCGUUUUGCUGUGCAUUCAAAUAUACACUAAAAAUACACUACACUGAGACAGGACCAAAAAAAACCAAAAACAUUUUUCUGAAGAAAUGUCUCGCUGGUACAUAUUAAAAGGUACAGUAAUUGUAUGAAAGAUGUGCUGUCCUCUGAUAUAGAAUUAUAUUCAUUCUUUGUUUGCUUUUUUGUUUUAAAAUCUGCCUAUGCCUUUUCGAGAGUUGCCGUCUGUUGUCUUUUUGUACCCUACAUUCCACGUAGGCUUUUUUUUAAAUUGUACAUCACUACAAAUGGUUAAAACAAGUUCAGUUCCAAAGUCACAUCGAAGUGCAGCUCCAGCUGCGGCCUGUGUCUACUGUGCUGCAUUUUUACCACGUCUGACCUGCAGUGUGAUGGAUUUUUGUAAAACUGCUCAGAUACAAAAGCUGUAAAGAGCCACAGCUGUAUAGACACUGAGUGACUGUGCACACACUGUCCGCCAGGAGAUGGUUCGCUACUUGGAAAAUAUUUUUGGGCUCACACGGUGACAGGAGGAACUUGUUCAUCUGUUACACCACAUCUUUAUUGUUACUUUUUUUGUAUAUCUGAUUUAAGUCUGAUUGAAAUUGAAUCUCUACAUUGAUUUCAAGGUGUUACUGGGGGAACCCCACAACAUUACUUGUUGUGUUGGAGAUGUUUACCACCCACAAGACUCUACUGAACUUUAUUAUUAGUUUGAAAAGGAAAAGAAAAAAAACUCAAAAAUAAACCUUUUAUUUCCCUCUUGGUGGUAAUUCA